GGGUUGCGAGUAUGCGCAGGCGCGCGCCCUUCUCGGGAGCUCGCGCCUGGCCUCCUGCUCGCCUCUCGGCUGCUGCUCCUCCGCGGGGACGCGCUUCCCUGAAGCCCAACCGGAGCCUCCUGCCGGCGCCGCCACCCCCCACCCCAGUUGCCAGCGUCUCCCUCCUCUCUCCCUCCCGCCAGCCACAGCCAGCCAAGCGAGUAAGGCAGUGAGCGAGAAGUGAGGCCGAGUCUGUGAGGCUGCCAUGCACAGCUAGGAAGACGGAGCCUUUUGCCGUGCCGCGCCGGCGCCCUUGCAGCAGGACUAUCCCUAUCGACACUGCCUGUCUCCACGGCGCGCGAUCGCUCGCAGCUAGGGUGAGCGCCGGCUGGUCUCUGGCGCGUUUCCCCCGCCGCCGCCGCCAUCCACUCGAGCUGCUGGAAGGGCGGCUGAGAGGGCGAGAGAAGGGAGGAAGCUCGGCCAGUCUUGCCACGUGGUUUUGCUCCGAGGAUGGAACCGGGCGCGUUUGGAGCGGGCAAAGCCGGGGGCGCCUUUGACCCUCAGACCUUCAUCCGGCAGCCGCACACCAUCCUCCGGAUGGUUUCUUGGCUUUUCUCCAUAGUUGUCUUUGGUUCCAUUGUGAAUGAAGGCUAUGUCAAUCUACCAUCUGAAAAGGAGGAGUAUUGCAUCUUCAACCGCAAUCAGAAUGCCUGCAACUAUGGCAUCACCGUGGGAGUCCUUGCCUUCCUCAGCUGCCUUCUCUACCUGGCGCUAGAUGUCUACUUUCCACAGAUCAGCAGUGUCAAGGACCGCAAGAAAGCCGUACUCUCUGAUAUUGGUGUAUCUGGCUUGUGGGCGUUCCUCUGGUUUGUCAGUUUUUGUUUCCUGGCCGACCAGUGGCGAGUUUCAAAGCCAGAAAUCAACCCAAUGAACCAGGGAGCAGAUGCAGCUCGAGCAGCCAUCGCAUUCUCCUUUUUCUCCAUCUUCACCUGGGUGGGCCAGGCAUUUCUGGCAUACCAGCGAUACCAGAUUGGUGCCGAUUCAGCCCUCUUCUCCCAGGACUACACGGACCCGAGUCAGGAGGCCGGCAUGCCUUAUGCACCCUACACAAACGAGGAUGACACUACAGAUAGCAUGGGGACGUACCAACAGCCCCCUUCGGCAGAUGCUUUUGAUGCUGAGACACAUGGGUACCAAACGCAGGACUACUGAGAGCCGGUGGAGCUCUCCCCCUUACCCUCCCCUCUGCCCGCUCCCCUCCACCACCAACAAACCAAGGUGCAAAACAGACAUGUGUACCGGAGCAACAGGUGGCUCUCAGCCACUCUCCAGCCUUCUAGAAUAUUUGUUUGUAUUUCUUAUUUUUUAAACAGAAAACCUAACACUUCCACCCCUCCUGAAUUCUCUACCAAAACCAAAUUCGAUUGAUUCCAAAGUGUUUUACUGUCCAUGUUACUGUGCGAGGGCUCUCUCUUUGGGGAGCUGUUGUGGGCAGGUAUCCAGCUUAUACUUUCUGUAGCGGGAAGAGGGAAGGGACCUCGGGAUGGUGUGAUAAAAGGCACAACAGCUGGGCAGGUGGGAGUUGACUGGGGUGGGGGGGAUGGACGUUGAUAUGUCUGUGUGAAUGUAAGUAGAGAGAAAAGGGGAUGGAUGGAUGGAUGGAUGGAUGGACAGACAAAGGCUCUGACUGGGGGCAAAUGUGGACAUGCAAGGACAAAUGACGUGAAUGGGUGUAUAUGGUGUGUAAAUGGAAAGGCAUCUCAAAUAGAUUUACCCUCUAACUGAGCUCAUGGAAGAGUUGGGUUUCAGAUUCACAUCCAGUCCAGUCAAGCUUGACAAGACUAGGCCAAAAAAAAGGACAGUAGUAUGGAUAAUUCUCAUGAAUAUUCUGCCCAUGCUAGAAUGGUGUUUUUUUAAUGACGUAGGUUAUCUUUUGUCUGCAUUUAGCCCAUGGUAAAUGGUGCAUGUGAGACAAGCUUGUGAGACAAGCAUGUGAGACAUCACAAGCUUGGACUGUAGCUGAGCAUUUUCUCUCUUGGUCCACUUUUUGGAAAGUUCAGUGGAAUGCGCAGCUACAGUCUGAGGUUGUGGUGAAAGUAUUGCAUGACUUCUUCACCAUGCAAAAGAUAACUCGGGCUGAAAAAGUACAGGCACAGUGCAUGUAAGCACUGGAUAUAUAGGCUCUGGGAAGCCCUUUAUACUUCUUGUGAGGAACAAACUCUCUACCAUUCUACGGUGAGCUGCUGUAUAGUCUGGUGAACAGACAUUGUUUAAUUUAUGAAACUAAUAUGGAGAAAAGGUACUGAGGCCAUGUGGGUCUUGGAAGUAUGGGGUGGGAAAUUGCUGACACCAUCAAAAUCCACAGAAACAUGAAUAGCGAAGGGCUACUUAUUUUAUGUGAUGAAAUAAGCGUUUCUAGUGAACUUAGGGUUGGGAAUGCACCAGCAUGUGUCCUGUUGAUAACUCACUAUGCUUUUGAACAGGAAUAAUUAGGAAUUGCAAAUCCAGGAUGGGAAUUAACUUUCUUAGAUUCAGUUUCCCAGGGAAUGGGCUGUCACCACUAGGAUUGCCUAGGUCAAAGAGUUCAAAUCAAAUGGGAAAAUAGCUGUCUACUGCCAACAAUAGUCGGGAAGAUAUUUGUUCAGUAACAAAGAGCAAUGGAAGAUCUCAAUGGAACAGAAUACUUGUAGUAAUGGUUCAACAUGGCAAAAUCCCCUGAAAAUCUUAACCCAUGUUGGCUGUGUUAAUCAAACCUCAUUUGAACAAAAUUACUUUGGCUAUGCUUAUGGCUAAUUGGAACAGUUCCUAGGAAGGGAGACUAAUGAGAAUAGUUCACCAGGAAAAGCCCAAAUGCUAUGGAAGCAUUUUAUUUGGAAGUAAGUCCUACAAUGGAAAUAGAAAUGCCACCUAAGGAUCAUGUAUUCACACACAUACAGUAUUGAACUGCCAUGGAGGAGCCAGAAUUGAAACUUUGCUGUAAGCCACAUCCCUAGCACUAGCUAACAUGCAAGUAAUCUUUCUAUAGGAUCAUGUUAACAUGACAAUGAAUAUAGUCUGUGUACAGUAUUAAAACAAAAUCCCUUACUGCAUGUUUACUUGCCAGGUAGAAGCACCUUCCAUGACCACAGUCCUUACAUGGCACACACUCUAUAAAGGGCAGCAUCAAGACUAAUUUAGUCAUGACUAAGUCUCAUGAAAUUAAUGAGGCUUAAACUGGCCAUGUACAACUUGUCUCUUUAUUUCAACAGUGCUCAGUCAUAACUAACUAAUCUGGAUGUUAUGCACUGUUCAUAGGACUGACUUGUGGGGAAAGCUAGCUUUUAAAUGUGGUUGAAUUUUGCCAUUUGACCCUACAAGCAGCAUGGUUGUCCAUGAGACCUUUCUUCCCCAUUAAAAUAUCUAGCUUUCCUGGAACUGAGACGGAAGUUAAUCUUGCUAUUGUGCAGAAUGAACCGUCACAUCCACUAUCUUUGUGGUCAAGAAAGAUUCCCAUACUGAACACUUUGGCAUGCUGGGAGAAAAUUCAGAUUCUUGUGUUGGCCAAGUAGUCUACACAUUCCAGACUGACUGGACAUGAUCAGUGAAUAUGCUUUGUGUCCCAUUCAUUGUUGUAUGCUUGUCUCCUGUUUAUCCUACCUGAGCCUAACCCUUGUUACUGAAACCAGUAUUUCAAACAGUCUGGAAUAACUACCAGUCCCUGGUUCUCUACUCAUAGUUGCCAUUUCAUGUUAAAAUAAUUACUCCCUCUAUAGAUGAUUUAAAAUUUAAUUUAAAAUGAUCCACCUUUCACAGCUCCUUGUGUGUGUCUGAUCCUUCAGUGUUGCAAAGAUCCAUUUUAAACCAUUUUCUGGCUGCGUAUAUACACACAGGUAGGGAAGUGUCAUAUUGCAAGUAGCUGAAAGGAUUAGGGUGGUGUACUGCUUCUUCAUCCUGGGCUUAGUGUCCUGUACUCUAUUCCUAAUCUCUUGACUCCUGAUGGAUGCAUCUUUGUAAUGCUGAAAGGAUUAGACCCAUGUACCUGCGUCUUACAAGGCUCCCACAACCUUGUCCUUAGUUGCUUUACAUGUGGCUGACCUUUCUGAUAUUACAAAAGCAUGUUGCGUUGGCCAGUUUGAAGAUGCUUCCUUACUUGCAUUUUAAAAUGCAAGUCAAAACAUGUUUGAAGCAGCAAGUCUUUUGACUGCUGCUGUGUCUUUUCUUCACUAGUACCAGGCUAGGAAAGGGAGACAAAUCUGUGAUAUAAAGAGGGGAGCCUUUCUAAAUGACCAGAUAACUUGCUUUUUCUUUUUUUUUUUCUACCCAUAGCCUUUAACAUUAAAGGAGAGGGUGUGGGACAUCUGUCAAGGGCUGAAAUGGGGAGGAGCCAUUCUAGUGAACUUCCUCUGGUGCUUGGUUUGCAUGCUGGUGUGUGUAUGUGAGUUGUCUUGAGACAUUCUCCAUUGGCACCUUCUUUUUAGACUUGCUAUAUACUGUGUGUGGCUAGAAACUAGCAGAAAGUAAGAGGGCUAGAUACUCUGCUGUACAUAAAGAGGAACUAAGUCCCUCGCUUAAUGGUCCCAAGUGAAAGCAAUACUAUAUAGGGCUUGAGGGAUGGGAAAAGUUCUCCACCCCAAAUCUGCUCUUCUAUUUGGUUGGCCUAAUAUUUAGGCUGGUGGGUGGGUGGGUAUUUACUGAGUGGGUUUCUUUGUAACUGAGAUCAGGGAGAGGUCCUUCCUUUUCCUCUCUCCCCCUGGAGGGAAAGAGAGAAUCAUGGGAUUGAAGGGAAGGGAGGGUGGAAAAUCCUGCUUUGUCACAAAGUUUUGUCAGUGUCCAUUGCAUGAUUUCACAUGGGAGUGGGAGAUUUCAAUUCCCAAACAUUUGUUUAGCAGAGAUUAAAACUGGGUUCAGCCUUGAGCGAUAGGCAAAGACUCUGAUAAACUGCAAAUGUACAAAUGGAAUCCUGACUUCUUGUAUGAUGGGGAUUGUUUUCAUACCCCAUUCCCUGUCACAUAUUGAUGGAUCCCUAAAAUCAGGAAUGUUUUUCACAGUUACACAGCUGUGAAGGGAUUGUGGUCAUGGGUCAUACUCCAACAGAGAAUAAGGUGCACUUAAGACUAUUGACUAUCAAUGUAUUGAUGUAGGUAUGUUUGAAUUGUGCUCACUAUCUUUAUUGGGAAAAUCUUUCACAUGGAAAUAGUGUGCUCAUGUCCUGGUUGCUGGCCUAUCUGCCUUUCUUAUCCUUACUCCAUUAUGGAAGAACUCUGUUCCUAAUUUGCUUUUGGAAUUUUCUGCUUAUAACUUUCUGGAAGCAGGCAAAAUCAAUGUGGGUGCAUUCAGGCAAAGCCUGUUGCAUAAUAACAGGAGAGAAUGUGCCUGUACUACCAGAAAAUGCCUGAGAACAGGCGUUUACUCAGUAGUGGCAAAAGAAUUGAACACAUUUUGCUUGGUAAAAUGGUAUCUUUUAGCAUUCCCUGCAUUCUAUGGGGCAAAGGAGACAUUCUGGCCACCCAGACACUGCAGUGGUGUGGCUGUUCUUUGAUAAUCCUGCUGGAACUGUUUAGCCUCCUGUGAAGCCAUAGUGUAGUAGCAUUGUACCAUCAGUGAGUGCUAUAUGCUGUCUAAGCCAGAGUUUCUUAACCUUGGUCCCCUAGAUGUUGUUGGACUACAACUCCCAUCAUCCCCAGAUAUGGCCUUUGUGGCUGAGGAUGAUGGGAGUUUUGACCCUGGUCUAAACCUCUUCAUCCUCUAUGAAGCAGCAGAGUUACAACCGCUUUUUUCUCAUUAAACAUGUAAAAGUGUGUUUUAUGUGGAGUGGAGUUUCUCCACUUUUUGGCACACAUCCUGGAGUGCUUAAGAGCGUGCAUCUGCCAUUCACACUUUGUACAUUGCUUGUUGGGAAAUCCACUGUAACCCAGUUGCUGCAUAAAAAGCCCCUUCUGUAAAAUAUUGCAUGUUCUUUCUCUAGUAUGAAUGCAAUAUCCAGACUUGAGCAACUCGGGCAGAGGAAUGGAAGAUACAGAGAGUGAUAAAGCAUUGUUAAAUAAAAUUACUGGCAUAUGGCAUAACUCUCUGUCGUAUACUACUAUAGACCAGGUCUGCACAAUUCCUGACCCACUAGGGUGGUUUGCCAAGUAGUUGACAACCCACCUGGCAGUUCUAGGCAGGUAGCAAAACUAGGAAGCUUAUGGAACAUCUGGUAAAUGUCCAUAUGUGGCUGGAGGACUCUGCCUGAGUUGGUGGGUCAGAAGUUAUCCAGGCAAGUGUCUGACUAGGAAUGAGAGACAUUCCUGAUGAAAACACACCAACCCAUCUCUAGAGGUGCUAUUUUGGUUCACAAGCAAAUUGGCAGGAGCACACACCAGUCCAAUUAGCCAUUCCUUGGGUUAUUGCAAGCAAAACGAGGUGCCUCCUUAGCUCUAGGUGCACCUAACCUCAUGCACUUCACCUCACCUUGGAAAUAAGCAAGAGGGGGCCUCAGUACAUGAGACUGCCAGGCCUCUGUACCUUCACAAGCAUGUGGGUGGAACCUCAGACAGCAGGACAGGCACGUCUCCUUAGGAAUUUGAAUUAACAUAUGUGAGAAUAUGAAUGGCAGAAAACAGUUCAUUUUACCUCAUGCAGCACACACACAAAUCAUUUGUUCCGACAAUCUUGCUGCCCCUGCGGCAUUGCCAUCCUAGUGGUGUCUUUGCCAAUGGCAUUACUGCCUAUGUAUAGUAUAUAUGUAUAUAUAUAUAUUAUAUAAAGAGAUAUAUAAUAUAAAGCUAUACAUAUAAUUAUGUAUGUGACAAUGAAAGGGUGGCCUGCUGCAUGCAGGAUCCCCCAAAUGUCUGAUUAAUUCCAAGCGCCUCCCCAACUGACCCACGCUUUCCUCUCCAAUACGUUUCCCCUCAACCAACUAACAUUAAACCCUGCCAUGUUGGCACCUGUGUUUAUGAUGUCCUGUAUAUUUGUGGUUUUAAAAAAAAGUGAAGGUGGUAACUACUGGUGUGUCUUAUCAAUAAAGUUAUUACAUUCAAAAAGAAAAAAAGGUAA